AAAUACAAAAAAAAAAAUAAAAUAAUAAAUAAAUUUAAAAAAAAUAAAUAUUUAUUAUUCAAAACAAAAAAAAAUUGUUAUGUUUUUCGGUAAACAACUAAUUGAUAGUAAAUUUAUAGUUAGUUUUAUUGCAAUCAUUGUAAUCACACAAACACACAGACAGACAGCUAAUGUCGUCGACAAUCACUUCAGAGUCCAAGACAUCAUCGCCGCCGCCGACGCCGUUGUUGUCGACCUCAACAACAACACCAACAACAAUAGCGGCCAAACCGUCUGCGGACACUUUACCGGCAACAACAACAACAAUGGUGGCCAAAGUAUCGACAUCGGCGGCGGCACCGGUUGUUGUUAGUAGUAGUAGUAGUAGUAGUAGUGGACAGUCCUCGUCGCCAAAGCCGACAACGCCGUCGGCGACAGUUAUCACCGAUACGACGACCGGAAAGUCGUCGGCGACGGCGGCGGACAAAAGCACAGUGAAAGCCACGGCUGGCAAUACAGCAACGAUGACGACGACGACCGAAAAGGCGGCGCCGAAGACAACAAGAUAUACAAUACCGAAGAUAUCUUCAACACCGAAGACAACCACAACACCGAAGACUACAACAACAACCACAACACCGAAGACUACAACAACAACACCGAAGACAACAACAACACCGAAAACUACACCAACAAUACUGAAGACUACAACAACAAUACUGAAGACUACAACGACAACUCCUAAGACUACAACAACUCCUAAGACUACAACAACUCCUAAGACUACAACAACUCCUAAGACUACAACAACACCGAAAACUACUACAACAACACCGAAGACAACAACUUCAAAGACAACAACAACUCCUAAGACAACUCCGAUUACUACCACCACUACUACAGCGUCCUCUAGCUCUUCGUCUUCGUUAUCCACAACAAAAUCCACACAACGAAAGUCGGCGACGGCGGCGAAAAAUGCCAUCAAAGCCGCCGCCGCUGCUGCAGCUACGGCCGAGUUGGUGGACAACAAUAACUCCACCCCUACGACCCCGGCCUCCACCACCACCGGCAGUGAUGAAAACGAAAACGUUUCGCUCUACAAGUUUACGGUUAACGAAAAGGUACUCUGUCUGGAACAGAGACAGGAACCGCUCAUCUAUGAGGCCAAGUGUCUGAAACGUCGUCAAGUGGACGGCCAGUGCCAGUAUUUUAUCCAUUAUAACGGCUGGAACAAAAAAUGGGACGAAUGGGUGGCCGAUCAGCGAGUGUACAAAAUUACUGAUGAAAAUCGUCGCCGACAACAGGAACUAAAGGCCGAACAUUUGGCCAAAGAAGCGGCCAAUAAACGCAAGAACACGGCCGCCGCCGCCAACGCAGCAACAGUUGUUGCCGAUACCAAUGGCAACCAAAAAGAGUCGACACCGACGGCUGCCAAACGGGCCAAGACAUCUACGACAACGACAGCGACGUCGGCGACUAAUGGCAAAAGUGCGGCCAAAGAUCGUAAUUAUAGUUCCAAUAGCAGCGAAAGUUCGGUAACAACGACGGCCAACAACAACAAAGUCACUGAUAAUAAUAAUAACAAUAAUAAGAACCGAAAAGGUAGUCACAAAUCGGUUCCGGCGUUUGUCGAAACAGAGGACGCUUUCGCUACUAAACCCGAAAUACGUAUCAAAAUACCCGACGAACUUAAGCCGUGUCUGGUGGACGACUGGGAUCUGAUAACCAGACAAUCGCAACUGUUUGAAUUGCCCGCUAAGAUAACCAUCGAUUUUAUACUGGACAACUAUAUCAAGCAGCGGGUGGCCACCAAAUUGACAACCGUCAAGGAAAGUCAGGUACGGGAAGUGGUUACCGGUAUUCGCGACUAUUUCAAUUCGAUGAUCGGCUGUCAACUCCUCUAUCGAUUCGAGCGACACCAGUAUCAGGAACUGUUGGCCAACAAACUACCCGAUCAGUCGAUGUCCCAGAUAUACGGUGCCAUACAUUUGUUGCGAUUGUUCACGAAAUUUGGCCACUUUCUGGCCUUUACAUCGUUGGACGAAAAAACUAUACAGUUAUUGUUGUUGCAUAUACACGACUUUUUGAGAUACCUGUCCAACAAUGGCGAACUGUUCAGUGCCAAAGACUAUCAGACAGCAUCGCCCGAGUAUUUAAGGAAAACUAUGAGCUAAUAGAGCUGAGAGAGAGAGAGAGAGAGAGAGAGGACAGGGAGUCUAUAUAUAUUAGACUAUAGACUUAUCGGUAAUAAUAAAAAAACCCAAUAAUAACAAAUCGAUAGCCACUAGUAGUAGUAGUAGUAGUUGUAGUA